AUGACUGACUCAGACCAAUCUAUCAAGGUUCUAAAUGAACUGUUAGAAAAAUUAACAAUCGCUACUCCAGAAACUAGAUCUGAAAUUGCUGUUGAAAUUUCCACUUUCUUAAACGGUAACAUCAUUGAACACGAUGCUCCAGAAAAGUUCUUUUUAGAUUUACAAAAGGCUUUGAAAGAUAAGAAGACCGCUGCUAACGCUUUAUCUGCUGUUGCUCACAUUGCUAACGAAUCUAACUUAUCUCCAUCUGUUGAACCAUUCAUUGUUAGAAUUCUUCCACAAGUUUGUGAAAAAGCUGGUGACAAAGACAAGGAUGUUCAAAAAUUAGCUUCCGACACUUUAAUUGCCAUCGUUAAGGCUGUUAACCCAGUCGCUGUUAAGGCUGUCUUACCUCACUUAACUACUGCCUUAGAAAACACUUCCAAGUGGAACGAAAAGGUCGCUAUCUUGGCUGCUAUCUCCCAAUUAGUUGACGCUGCUAAGGAACAAGUCGCUUUAAGAAUGCCUGAAUUGAUCCCAGUCUUAUCUGAAGCUAUGUGGGAUACUAAGAAGGAAGUCAAGCAAGCUGCUACUGCCACUAUCACCAAGUCUACUGAAACCGUCGACAACAAGGAUAUUGAAAGAUUUAUUCCAAAGUUGAUUGAAUGUAUCGCUGACCCAAGUGAAGUUCCAGAAACCGUCCAUUUGUUAGGUGCUACUACUUUCGUUGCUGAAGUUACUCCAGCUACUUUGUCCAUUAUGGUCCCAUUAUUGUCUAGAGGUUUGGCUGAAAGAGAAACUUCCAUCAAACGUAAAGCUGCUGUUAUUAUUGACAACAUGUGUAAGUUGGUCGAAGAUCCACAAGUUGUUGCUCCAUUCAUGGGUAAAUUAUUGCCAGGUUUGAAAAACAACUUCGCUACCAUUGCUGAUCCAGAAGCUAGAGAAGUUACCUUAAGAGGUUUGAAGACUUUGAAGAGAGUUGGUAACGUUACUGACGAUGACAAAUUACCAGAAGUUUCUCACGCUGGUGACAUUGCCACUACUUUGGGUGUCUUGAACGGUUUAUUGAAAUCUGAAACUGUUGCUCCAAGAUUCACAGUUGUCGUUGAAUAUAUUGCUGCUGUUGCCGGUGACUUGAUCGAUGAAAGAGUUAUUGAUCAACAAGCUUGGUUCACUCACAUCUUACCAUACAUGACUGUUUUCUUACAUGAAAGAACUGCCAAGGACAUCUUGGAUGACUUCAGAAAGCAAGCUGUUGACAACAUUCCAGUUGGUCCAAACUUCGAUGACGAAGAAGAUGAAGGUGAAGAUUUAUGUAACUGUGAAUUCUCCUUGGCUUAUGGUGCUAAGAUCUUAUUGAACAAGACUCAAUUGAGAUUGAAGAGAGGUAGAAGAUACGGUUUAUGUGGUCCAAAUGGUGCUGGUAAAUCUACUUUGAUGAGAGCUGUUGCUAACGGUCAAGUUGAUGGUUUCCCAACCCAAGAAGAAUGUAGAACCGUCUACGUCGAACACGAUAUCGAUGGUACUCACUCUGAAACUUCUGUCUUGGACUUCGUCUUCCAAGGUAAUGUCGGUACUAAAGAAGUUAUCACUGCUAAAUUGUUGGAAUUCUCCUUCUCUGAAGAAAUGAUCAACAUGCCAAUUGCUUCCUUAUCUGGUGGUUGGAAGAUGAAAUUAGCUUUAGCUAGAGCUGUCUUGAAGAACGCUGAUAUCUUAUUAUUAGAUGAACCAACUAACCAUUUGGAUACCGUCAAUGUCGCUUGGUUAGUCAACUACUUAAACACUUGUGGUAUUACUUCCAUCAUUGUUUCCCAUGACUCUGGUUUCUUAGACAACGUUUGUCAAUACAUUAUCCAUUACGAAGGUUUGAAAUUAAGAAAAUACAAGGGUAACUUGUCUGAAUUCGUCAAGAAAUGUCCAACUGCUAAAUCUUACUACGAAUUAGGUGCCUCUGACUUAGAAUUUAGAUUCCCAGAACCAGGUUACUUAGAAGGUGUUAAGACCAAACAAAAGGCUAUCGUCAAGGUUUCUGACAUGACUUUCCAAUACCCAGGUACCGACAAACCACAAAUCUCCAACAUUAACUUCCAAUGUUCCUUAUCUUCCAGAAUUGCUGUCAUUGGUCCAAAUGGUGCUGGUAAAUCUACUUUGAUUAAUGUCUUAACUGGUGAAUUAUUACCAACCACUGGUGAAAUUUACACUCACGAAAACUGUAGAAUUGCCUACAUUAAACAACACGCUUUCGCCCAUAUCGAAUCCCACUUAGACAAGACUCCAUCUGAAUAUAUCCAAUGGAGAUUCCAAACAGGUGAAGAUCGUGAAACUAUGGACAGAGCUAACCGUCAAAUUAACGAAGAUGAUGCCCAAGCUAUGAACAAGAUCUUCAAGAUUGAAGGUACUCCACGUAGAAUCCAAGGUAUCCAUGCUCGUCGUAAGUUCAAGAACUCCUAUGAAUAUGAAUGUUCUUUCUUAUUAGGUGAAAACAUCGGUAUGAAAUCUGAACGUUGGGUUCCAAUGAUGUCCGUUGACAACGCUUGGUUACCAAGAGGUGAAUUGAUUGAAUCUCACGCUAAAUUAGUUGCUGAAGUCGAUAUGAAGGAAGCUUUGGCUUCUGGUCAAUUCAGACCUUUAACUAGAAAGGAAAUUGAAGAACACUGUGCUAUGUUAGGUUUAGAUGCUGAGUUAGUUUCCCACUCCAGAAUCAGAGGUUUAUCUGGUGGUCAAAAGGUUAAAUUAGUUUUGGCUGCUGGUACUUGGUUGAGACCACAUUUAAUCGUUUUAGAUGAACCAACCAACUAUUUGGAUAGAGAUUCCUUAGGUGCUUUGUCUAAGGCUUUGAAGGCUUUCGAAGGUGGUGUUAUUAUCAUUACUCACUCUGCUGAAUUCACCAAAGAUUUAACUGAAGAAGUCUGGGCUGUUAACAACGGUCAAAUGACUCCAUCCGGUCACAACUGGGUCACUGGUCAAGGUUCUGGUCCACGUAUUGAAAAGAAGGACGAUGAAGGUGACAAAUUCGAUGCUAUGGGUAACAAGGUUGCUGGUGGUAAGAAGAAGAAGAAGUUGUCUUCUGCUGAAUUAAGAAAGAAGAAGAAGGAAAGAAUGAAGAAGAAGAAGGAAUUAGGUGAUGCCUACGUUUCUUCUGAUGAAGAAUUUUAA